AUGGUGAACAGUGCUUUUAAGAACGUCGGCCGCUGGUCAGCACUUGCUUUCGGUCUCGUCUACGGCUACACCCACAAUGCUUCAUUGCAAAAGCAGGCUAAUGAGAAGAAGCAACAACUUGAAUACGAACGCAAGGAGAAGCUUAUUGAAGAGGCCCGUGCUGCUUAUGCCGCCAAGAAGAACCCUGCUCCUGUUGUUGAAUCAGCUGUUGUCGCUGAUGUUGAUAGCCCUGACUUCGAUCUCGAAAAGUUCCUUAGCCAGUUGGAGGAGAGCAAGUAA